CCUUACAUAGCCGCUGUGUCAAGUUGGCGUUAAAAUUCCAAUUGCUGUAAAUGGUUCAUCAUUGCUAGGUUUUUUUUUAUUAUUUCAUGGUUUUUCACGCCCCAUGGACCAGUACCGGGCCGUGGCCUGAUGGUUGGGGACCCCUGGUGUAGAUAAUUGAUGGUAAAGCUGUUGUUCCACCUCUCCUGGACGGUAACAGACUUUGGAUGGAGUCAGCAUCCUGCUUUUCUUCGUUUGCGGUAGCCACCUCUAGUAAGUACAUGUUGACAUAUUGGGGCCAGCAAGAAGAGAAGGAUGGUCAAGUACUUCAGUAGUAGAAGUGACAUCAACAGUACGUGGGACCAUGUUGUUUCUGCCUUUUGGCAGCGCUAUCCUAACCCCUUCAGCACUCACGUUCUCACAGAGGACGUUGUGUACCGUGAGGUGACCGCGGACCACAGGCUGCUUUCCAGACGCCUCCUAAUGAAGACCAAUCGGCUGCCCCGCUGGGCCGAGCGUUUCUUCCCCACUGGCAUGUCACGCUCUGUCUACAUUGUUGAGGACUCCAUUGUUGACCCCAUCAGCAGGAGUCUGAUCACCUAUACCUGGAACCUCAACCACACCACUCUAAUGUCUGUGGAGGAGCGUUGUGUUUUCCAAGAUGCAGAAGAGCAGCCUGGCAUCACCCAGCUGAAACGGGAGGCGUGGAUCUCCUCAGGCAUCUACGGCUUCUCCAGACCCAUCCAGGAGUUUGGAUUGGCCCGCUUCAAGAGCAACCAAGCAAAAGCCAUGAAAGGGCUGGAGUACGCACUGUCGAACCUACAAGACAUCAGGCUCAGGCUGAGUGGAGCGGAGAGACGCCCCAGCGGCUGCCCCGGGCCCCGGUGAAGGAGGCCUCAGACAAGGCAAAAGAGGCGGCCAAGAGUCUGGCAUCUGCUGCCACUGCUUCCCAAAAGCCUCAGCAGUACGUCUGACGGGGACCUUGUCCAUCUGCUUCAUCUUAAAUCAAACAUUUUGCAGAGGAUCAUCCGCUCUCAGGUGCUGACAGACUUUGACCAGCAGCACAUACAGUAUUACUGCUGCAACCAUAUUACCAUAUCAUUUCAAACCAUAUUUAAAGCUAGAAAUUAUUUUUUGCAUUGUUUUUCUUAAAUAUGCGCUGUGUCAUAUUUUUAGCUCAUUUUUUUCAUUUUAUCAUACAGCUGCAAGGAUAUUGUGGUACUUGAUUAAUGAUGUUUGUUAAACAUAAUGAUUCCUUAACGUGUAAUUUCCUCGCACAUUUAUUGCAUGAUUAAACAUCAAAUGUGUGCCGCAAGCUCACCAACAGUCAGGUCGCACGCAAAUUGUUUUACUUGUGGUUUACUAUGACUGAUGAGUGGAGUAUUCGGAGGCACACCCUCAUGCUCAAGGUGAUCGUCUCUGGAAUAAAAACAGGAUCAACAGUGUGUCUGAACAGUGUCUGAAUGCAAACAUACGUUCAAAGAGAGGUGUGCAGGACUGAAAGGGGGGGAAAUGUGUAAAUAGUGUAAUUAUACAAUUAUGAUGACAUCACCUUUUGUGAAAGAAGUUUUACACUGCCUGCUGAUGUGAAACUGGAACUUUUCAAUAACAGCAGCCUCUUUUUCAGGUGAUAUGUUUUCAUUCUGUACUUGAACUGUCUUGGGAAAAGUUUGGGUGUUUUGCAAGAAUAAAUGUCAAAUGAUUUAUUUGUAUAGAAUAAAUAGUCCCAGAAUCUUAUUUUAUUUAACAUUGAGC